AGUCUGUAUAAAAGCAAAGAGGUUGCAAGCCCUGGUUAUCAGUGUGCCUUUCGAAGUCAUUCGGUAAACACCAUGAAGUUGAUUAUUGCCCUCUCCUGCCUGUUGGUAGUGGCCUUCGCCAAUGAAGAUCCCAAGGUCCUGAAAAACGAUGCCGAGGUGAACGUGGAUAGUUUCAAGUAUGAUCUUGAGUUGGACAACAGCAUUAAGGCCACGCAACAAGGUGAGCUGAAGGAUAAGGACUCAUGGGUUGUUCAUGGUGAAAACAGCCACAAGUCUCCUGAGGGAGAGGAUGUUUCCAUUAAAUACUCUGCCGAUGAAUAUGGCUACCAUGUGGAAGCUGCCCAUCCUCCUCUACCAACCCCACCACCAACUCCAGACUACAUCCUGAAGGCUAUUGAAUGGAUCAAAGCCCACCCCUAUGUAGAACACUAGAACACAAGCGACAAUAAAUGCAUG